AUGGUGAGCGACGUUGGAGCCACUCCAGCGAGUGACUGGCUCUCCGCAGAGUCCGUCAUGAUGGAUAAUAUUGGUAAGAUGAUCGAACAACAAGCACUUGGUGAACAAGCGGUCGAUUCUCCCAACAAUAGUGCGCAUGCGGUGACAGCCGGUGGCAUGGAGACGCAAGUCGUCCGUAUGAGGCUUGUGUCGCGUGCCGUGGUGGAGCGUCGUUUGGUUAAACAGGAGGAUGCUGAUGGACAACUUUCCGUCAUUGUCCAGCCACAAGAAGACUCCAGAGACUCGGAACUGCUUAGUCCUGGAAAGCUGUCGCCGACCUCCGUCUCAGUGGCCAACAUGAUAGACGCCGCGGACUUUCGAACGAUGAAUCCUGAACCUACCUACCAGACGUUAACCUCAGUGAACGGCAGGAUGUCUCCUCCAGGAUAUUCUCCCAGUUCCUCCUACGCCACUUUAACUCCUCUGCAACCUCUGCCACCAAUUUCCACCAUGUCGGAUAAGUUCGCGUACGGACAUGCUAGCAAUGUGACAGGUUCUUUCACCGUCAUGCAAAACAAUACUCUUGGUAUCGGUCUGGGUCUUGGUGUUAAUUCGAAUACCUCUUACACGAUGACGAACAUGGGGAUGACUCCGCCGCACAACUAUUCCUCGCCGGGAAUGGGAAUGCAACAACAAGCCAGCCCCAUUAGUCCGCAAAGUGCGUAUAGUCAAAAUGGACUGCCCUCUCCGCAGAAAAGCAUGUCUCCGCCAAGUUACGACUCCCCCUACGGCCAGCAGAGAGACCUGGUAGCCAGGUCGCUCCACAGCCCUCAGUUAAGCCCUCCCUCAGCCUCUCUGAACUCUCCGGACGGUACGUUGGUGACAAGUUUUAGUGGUACCACCUUAAACGGUCUCGGACUACAAAAUCACCCGCCCACACUAGUGCAGAUAGCACCAUCGCAAAGAGAUUGUUCGCCUUCGCCUCCCGUUGUUACAUUACAACAAGGUCCGCCCGUGUCUCAGCACCAACAACAAUCACAACAACAAAAUGCAAACAUGCAACAAAUCUCUACGAAAAAUUCUAGUCCCGGUUCUCUGACGGUGCCCGCGAUAGCAGCUGACGUCGAGGAGAUCAACACCAAAGAGCUUGCCCAAAGAAUCAGCGCUGAACUGAAACGAUACAGCAUUCCUCAGGCCAUAUUCGCCCAACGAGUACUGUGCCGAUCGCAAGGUACCUUAUCGGAUCUCCUGCGAAAUCCCAAACCCUGGUCGAAAUUGAAAUCUGGACGGGAAACGUUUCGGAGGAUGUGGAAAUGGCUUCAAGAACCCGAGUUCCAGAGGAUGUCAGCAUUACGAUUAGCAGGUUGCAAGAGGAAAGAGGACCCUACGACCAAUACGGAGCAAUUACCUACUCCGAAGAAACCCAGAUUGGUUUUCACAGACCUGCAGCGUCGUACACUGCAGGCUAUUUUUAAGGAAACCAAGAGGCCGUCGAAAGAGAUGCAGGUGACAAUAGCGAGGCAGCUGGGCUUGGAGCCCACGACCGUAGGAAAUUUCUUCAUGAAUGCGCGAAGGCGAUCGAUGGACAAAUGGAAAGACGAGGAUCCGAAGUCGGCCGUUUCGGCGUUAAUGCACCAGCAGAUGUCGCCGGGCAUGGACGACGACCUUGACGGCGACGGCGACCUCGACGAUAUGGACGACCAUGACGAUCAGGAUGACGUGUUGUGA